CUAAGCCAAAUGUCACAAUGGAGGACGAGAAGUAGUUGUAGCGGUAGAUUUAGAUACUUUUCUUUCCAUUGCGAUUGACGAUCACACACUUUGUCGUUAGGUUGUGAAACUGUCGAUGCAAUAAGAAAUAAUCGCCGUGUUUCCCGGCUCGGGAUUUUGGGGCGCAAUUGGCCGCAUAGCUAGUAAACACAUUAAAGUAGUAACGGGGACUCGCUCGUCGAAAAGUCGUCCCAAGAUUUCAAACUGCAAAGUGGAAGAAGAAAGAAUGAAAGCGACGGAAAAUGAAAGUGAUCAGGAGGAAAUGGAUACAAAAGAAGAUGCUGGUGGAGAUUCUACAGUGCCAAAUGGGCUUUCUUCUCCGAGUGAACCGCAGGAUGUUGUGAUGGAAGAGGACACGGCGAGACCUGAAGGAAUAAUUCGUUUCACUGUGCUCAAUUUUAGCAAACUAGACAAGACAACUCUUAGUGACCCCAUAUACGUGAGGAAUUUACCAUGGCGCAUCAUGUGUAUGCCAAGGUAUUCCAGUAAUGACAAAGUCAAAAGUGUGGGAUUCUUUCUGCAGUGUAACCCAGAGACAGAGUCACUAUCAUGGUCUUGCCAGGCUUCAGCAAGACUGACUCUUGUCACUCAACAAGAAGGUGGUGAAGACUUUUCAAGAAAAAUCUCUCACCUCUUCUUUUCAAAAGAAAAUGACUGGGGAUUUAGUCACUUUGUACCAUGGAAUGAUGCUCUUGAUCCUAACAAAGGUUUUAUAAAAGAUGACUCUAUCAUCUUAGAAGUACAUGUAGCAGCAGAAGCUCCUCACGGAGUUGCGUGGGAUUCAAAGAAACAUACUGGUUAUGUUGGACUGAAGAAUCAAGGGGCAACAUGCUACAUGAACUCUUUGCUACAAACUUUAUAUUUUACGAAUAAACUAAGAAAGGCUGUCUAUCAAAUGCCCACAGAGAAUGACGACCCAAAUAGAAGUGUGGCUUUUGCCCUUCAAAGAACUUUCUAUGAGCUACAAAACAGUGAUAAAGCAGUUGGCACAAAGAAGUUGACGCGAUCAUUUGGGUGGGAGACACUUGACAGCUUUAUGCAGCAUGAUGUUCAAGAAUUGUGUCGAGUGUUACUGGAUAACAUGGAGAGCAAAAUGAAGGGAACUUGUGUUGAGGGCACAAUUCCAAGAUUGUUAGAAGGAAAAAUGCUGUCAUAUAUCAAGUGUACAAAUGUGGACUAUGUGUCACAGAGAGAAGAGCCAUUCUAUGAUAUUCAACUGAAUGUUAAAGGCAAGAAAGACAUUUAUGAGUCAUUCAAAGAGUACAUUGCUGUGGAAACUUUGGAUGGAGAUAACAAAUAUGAUGCUGGGGAAUAUGGUCUUCAGGAAGCUAAAAAGGGGGUAAUUUUUGCAAAAUUGCCUCCUGUUCUCCAUCUUCAGUUAAUGCGAUUUCAGUAUGACCCAAUGACAGACACAAAUGUUAAAAUAAAUGACAGAUGUGAAUUUAUGGAGAAGCUUGAUUUAAACCAAUUUCUUCAAGAUCCUGAAGAGCACCCAGGACAGUAUACAUUACAUGCUGUUCUUGUACAUAGUGGAGAUAACCAUGGUGGACAUUAUGUUGUGUACAUUAACCCCAAUGGUGAUGGAAGGUGGUGCAAGUUUGAUGAUGAUGUUGUGUCACUGGCUACUAAAAAAGAAGCAAUUGACAAUAACUUUGGAGGAUACGAGGAUGACAUUACAGUAAAGCAUUGUACGAAUGCGUAUAUGUUGGUUUACAUCAGGGAUAAUGAAAUGAAGGAUAUUCUUGAAGAUGUAGAUGAGUGUACAAUUCCUGAUACACUAGUACAAAGACUACAGGAAGAGAAGAGACUUGAAGCACAGAGAAGGAAGGAGAGACAAGAAGCUCAUUUGUACAUGACAGUGGAUAUUGUGACUGAAGACCAAUUCGCGGGACACCAGGGACCUGAUCUUUUUGAUCCAGAGAAAACCAAAAUGAAGAGUUUCAAAGUUCUAAAAUCAAAGAAACUUCACGAAGUUUUGGCUAUUCUUGCUGAUGGUCUGGGAUACCCAGUGAAUCAAAUUAGACCGUGGCCACUUCAGCCGAGAAGUAACGGCACAACAAGGCCCAGUUUAUUUGACAUAGAAGGAAGUUUGGAUAAAACGCUGGGCCAAAUUGUGGACGGAUCACAGUGGUGUGUAUUCCUAGAAACAAUUGAUCCUGAAGAAGGAAAAGUGUCACUACCAGUCUUUGAUAAGACAAAUGACGUCCUGUUAUUCUUCAAACAUUAUGACCCAGUACAAAAGACUCUAUCCUGUGUGUGUCAUCUUUACACUCCUUUGUCAACAAAAUUUGUGGAUCUCAUUCCUAUGUUAAGUGAGAAAGCUGGGUUACCGCCUGGAACACCAAUAGCCAUGUUUGAGGAAGUGAAAACAACUUACGUGGAGCAAAUCAAGGACCUAAAUGUCUCGUUUGAACGGGGAGUGGAGGAACUCAUGGAUGGCGACAUCAUCUGUUUCCAAAGAUCUGAACCUGAUUUGCUAAGCGCAAGUGAAUUACCCACAGUAGCAGACUAUUUCAGGGAUCUUCACAAUAGAGUGGAAGUCAUAUUUUGUGACAAGAACAUUGUAAAUGACCCUGGCUUUAGUGUGACACUCUCGAUAAGAAUGAACUAUAUGCAGGUUGCCAAGGCUGUGGCAGCAAACCUAGAGGUUGAUCCAAUGAUGUUGCAAUUUUUCAAAGGACAGGCAUAUCGCGACGCACCAGGGAGUGCGCUAAGAUGUACAUAUGAAGGAACUUUGCGGGAUCUUUUGAUUUACUAUAAACCACGGGGACCAAAGAAACUCUACUACCAAAUACUAAGCAUACCUAUCGACCAACUCGAAAACAAGAGACAAUUCAAAUGUAUUUGGGUUGCCAACCAGUUCAAAGAAGAGAGAGAACUCGCUCUCUUUCCAAAUAAAGAUGGAACGGUGGCAGACCUUCUCAACGAAGCUCGGGAACAAGUUGAUUUACAGCCGAAUGGAACGGGGAAACUUCGGCUUCUAGAGAUUAUUAGCUCCAAAGUGUUUAACAUUGUUAACAAUGACGUUCCACUGGAACAUCUCGCCACCCAGUCACAAAGAACGUUUAGAAUAGAGGAAGUCCCCGAAGAUGAAGUAGAACUAGCAAAUGAUGAAAUUUUAGUUCCUGUGGCUCACUUUAAUAAGGAAAUUUAUCAGACGUUUGGAACUCCAUUUUUACUUAGGAUAACUGAUGGAGAACCCAUCAACAAGUUAAAAGAAAGAAUAAAAGAAAAGAUAGACAUUCAAGAAAAAGAAUUUGAAAAGGUUAAAUUCGCAGUUAUUCACAUGGGACGAGCGAUAUACCUCCCAGAAGAAUCGGACAAAAUCGUCUCAGUGAAAGACUUUCUUCCGCAGACACCAGGCGCUCAGAGCAUGAGCAGACCGUGGCUGGGACUGGAUCAUCUCAACAAGGCUCCCAAGAGAUCACGGUAUAGCUUUCUUGAACGACCAAUCAAAAUCCACAACUAGGGAAUGCAUAGCCGUCUUUUUAAAAAAACACCGAUUAUGUUUUUUUUUUAGUGUGAGGAAGAAUUCUCUUGUUUCACAUUAAUAAAUAAUUAUCAAAGGAUUUAGUCAGUGGCUCAAUUGACGUGCUGACGUUACAAUUUGUACAGUUGUAAAGACCUUUUUUGCGCGGCAGUUUUUAGAUUGACUUCGGGAAAAGUUCAUUUCAGUAAAAUGCUUUCAAAGCUUGUGUACUUUACGUGUAAUGUGGUAUCUUGUUGGUAUCAAUGUUCUCUCUCACGCAUCUUUGAGAAUAUCAAAUUAAAAUAAUGCGUUUACUUA